AUGUUAGAUGUAUGGCAGAGACAGGAGGACGUCCCAGGGACAGAGCAGGGAGGGAAGGGGGUAUGGGGGGGAGACAGUACCACCUUUUCACCACUUGCUCAAUACUGGUGUCUAUACUAUCUACUCCCCUGUCCUCACCCCCCCUCCAUCAACCACACCCCCCUGUCCUCACCCCCUCCAUCAAACACAUCCCCCUGUCCUCACCCCCCCCUCCAUCAACCACAUCACCCCUGUCCUCACCCCCUCCAUCAACCACAUCACCCCUGUCCUCACCCCCUCCAUAAACCACAUCACACCUGUCCUCACCCCCCCUCCAUCAACCACACCCCCCUGUCCUCACCCCCCUCCAUCAACCACAUCACCCCUGUCCUCACCCCCUCCAUCAACCACAUCACCCCUGUCCUCACCCCCCUCCAUCAACCACAUAACCCCUGUCCUCACCCCCUCCAUCAACCACACCCCCCUGUCCUCACCCCCCUCCAUCAACCACAUCACCCCUGUCCUCAUCCCCCCUCCAUCAACCACACCCCCCUGUCCUCACCCCCUCCAUCAACCACACCCCCUUGUCCUCACCCCCCUCCAUCAACCACAUCACACCUGUCCUUACCCCCUCCAUCAACCACAUCACCCCUGUCCUCACCCCCCUCCAUCAACCACACCCCCCUGUCCUCACCCCCCUCCAUCAACCUCAUCACCCCUGUCCUCACCCCCUCCAUCAACCACAUCACCCCUGUCCUCACCCCCUCCAUAAACCACAUCACACCUGUCCUCACCCCCUCCAUCAACCACACCCCCCUGUCCUCACCCCCCUCCAUCAACCACAUCACCCCCGUCCUCACCCCCUCCAUCAACCACAUCACCCUGUCCUCACCCCCUCCAUAA